AUGAAGAAGCUCUUCAGCUUCGACAGUCGCCUGGGCCAGGCGGUCCUGGGCUCCGCCGCGCACGACGAGUACGCGGGUCCCGGGUACCACAUCCGGGACUGGGAACUGCAUAAGAUCCACAGGGCGGUCAUCAGGGGCGACGCCGCGGAGGUGGAGCGCUGCCUGAGGCGCAGGAGCCGGGACGUGGACGCCCGCGACAGGAAGGGCAGGACUCCUCUGCAUUUGGCCUGUGCACAUGGCCAUGUGGAAGUGGUCACUCUGUUGGUGAGCAGAAAGUGCCAGAUUGACAUCGACGACAGACUGAACAGGACCCCGUUAAUGAAGGCUGUGCAUGGUCAGGAGGAGGCUUGUUCCAUUAUUCUUCUGGAACAUGGCGCCAAUCCAAACAUUCAAGAUGUCUACGGCAACACCGCUCUUCAUUAUGCUGCAUCUAACAGCGUGACUUCACUGGCAGAAAAACUGCUCUCCUACCAGGCAAAUAUUGAAGCAAUAAACAAGGAGGGAAACACGCCACUUUUAUUUGCUAUAACUUGCAAGAAGCAGCAAAUGGUGACGUUUUUAGUGAACAACCAGGCAAAUGUACACGCUGUUGACAAUUUCAGAAGAACAGCCCUCAUGCUUGCCACACAUCAUAACUUGCCAAGUAUAGUCAGCCUUCUCCUUGAAGAAAAUAUUAGUGUCUUUUCUCAGGAUGUGUUUGGACAAACAGCAGAAGAUUAUGCUGUUUGUUGUGAUUUGAUAAGGAUUCAACAACAAAUUUUGGAACAUGAAAACAAAUUUAAAAAUCAUCUUCAAGAUGACAAUCGAGUAGAACAUGACUUAAAAGUGGCUUCAGAGGAAACACAAGAAAGGCUUGAGAGAAGUGAAAAUAUACAGCCACAGGAUUUUCAAAGUUAUGGAAAAAAGAAGGAUGUCAUGUAUGAAAAUUGCAUGUUGAAGAGAGAUACUGCCAUACUCAGACGGAAAUUAUACACAAUAAAAAAUGCCAGUCUCAGAAAGGAAAAGAAACGUAUUCAGGAAAUUAAAAGUAUCCAAGAAAUAAAUGCUAACUUUCAAAAGAGCGUAAGACUCAAUGAGGAAAUGAUAACAAAAACAAUAUCACAGUACUGUCAACAGCUUAAUGAACUCAAAGCUAAGAAUACGAGGCUGAAUUCAGAAUUGGAAAAGGAAAAACGCAUCAAGGACAGAUUGGAAGCUGAAAGUGCAUCCCUCCAUUCCAUCCUGGCUGCUGCUGUAAAUGGGCACAAGGAAAGGGUGAAAACAAAAUACCUACAAGUUGCCUUACAGAAAGCACAAGAGGUUUCUGUACAAGAAAUAAUGACUUCAAAUAUUUCUCAACUAAAAGAUAAGAAUGAGCUGCUUACAGGACGAUUUUCUAAAGCUCAGAUGAAGUGCAAUACCUUAAAAGAGAAGCUCCAUGAGACGAGAGAUGCUCUCAGGGAAAAGACAUUGGCUUUAGAAAGUGCAGAGAGGGACCUAAGACAAAAGCAGCAUCGAAUAAAGGAAAUGGAGCAGAUGCAUCUAAAUGAGGAAGCUAAACAGAGUCAGUUCACUGCAAAGCAGAACGGUGUAGAGGAGAGAAUACGUCAACUAGAACGUGAAAAUCUCUUGCUUGAACAACGACUAGAGGCUGCUUGUAAGGAAGGCAACAAUGAAAUGAUAGUAAUUAAUACUCAAGGAGGCUGUCUUGAGAGUGGAAAGGAAGGCCUUCUUCUAGAAGAGAAAAAUAAAGAAUUGAUGAAUGAAUAUAAUUAUUUAAAAGAAAAACUGCUUCAGUAUGAAAAAGAAGAAGCAGAAAUAAAAGUGAUUGUAAGACAACUUCAAGAACUGGCUGGUAGCCUUAAAAAAGUGUCUGUGCCAGAGUCUCCGCUGGAAGGUACAUCACAUUGUCACAUUACUUUGGAUGAGACACGGGCUUCAAAGAAAAAAUUGUUUCAAGUAGGAAAUCAGUCUGAAGAAAAGGAAGAAUUAAGAAAACUUUUUGAGUUAAUGUCAUCACUGGAGCAUAAUGUGGAUCAAAUAAGAAAGAAAAAUAAUGAAUUAGAAGAAGAGAGAACUGGAUAUAAGAAACUCCUAGAAAUGACAAUAAGUAUGUUAAAUGUAUUUGGAAAUGAAGACUUCAGUUUCCAUGGAGACUUAGAAACAGAUCAACUGAAAAUAGAUAUUCUAAUUAAGAAGAUAAAACAGAAGCUUGAUGAUCUUAUAGCAGAGAAGGAAGCUGUAUCUUCAAAAUGUAUCAAUUUGGAUAAAGAAAAUCAAGUUAUUCAACAGGAAUUGUUAUCUAUGAAAAAAGUACAAGAGAAACGUGAAAAACUUGAGAAGGAUAAAAAGAUGUUGGAAGAAGAAAUAUUAAAUCGUAAGACACAUAUGGAAGAAAAUAUGGUAGAAGUUGGUGAAGUACAAGAAUAUAAAUUGGAGAUUCAAGAAAAGGCAAGGCAGGCAAUAGAAAAUUUAGAAGAAAUCCAUUUACAGAAACAAGCAGAUUAUGAAAAACAAUUAGAGCAGCUAAACAAGGAGAAUACAGCUUCACAAAAUGAGAUGGAACUCAAGAUUAAAGAUGCGAAAUGUAAACUCUCCAAAAUAAAAACUGCUUACGAAGAGGUUAUAACUGAAUUAGAAGAAUAUAAGGAAGUCUUUGGAGUAACAUUAAAAGCUAACAAUUCCAUGUCAGAAAAAAUACAUGAAAUCGAAGAAGAAAAUGGCAGUGUUCAAGCUCCUUAUGGAGAAAGAGAGGAUGAAAUCUUGUCUCAGCACUCUUCCUACAAGGCCAGGCCCAAAGUCACCUCAUGUUGAGAAUCUUAAUAGUAUAGAAUGCAACAGAAAAUAUAUUCCUGAAACAUCCAUAAGAAUUCCUACUUCAGACCCCCAGACUUCAAA